GCCAUAACGCCACUAUAAUCGAAUCGGCUUUCAGAAUAUCUGCCAGCGUGUUUGUCUGGCCCCCGAUUCAGGUACCAGCAUCUCCAAUCGCCUUUGCCGAGGCUCAAUCUCCACCCGAACCCCGAAAACCCAGCCAGCCGAGCAGAGCCCAUAAGGAGCAUCUUGCAUGCGGCCUGCCGUUUGCUUCUGAAAGAAUGGAGCUGAGGCUACCCAGGACUGUUCCAUUCACGAAGCCAGGUUGCUAAGAUUCAGCGAUAAAACUUGCAGAGUCUGACUGAGUUGGCGACUCCCAUAUAGACCAAGUAGUAUCGUGGCAAUCCCUCACCUAUCCUGGUACUCCGACGCGAUACAAACGGCCUCUCACUCACUCUUCCUCUCUGCUAAUUCAAAUAGCACAGCUGCCACCAAGAUUCCCCUCUCCCUUGUGCCUUAUAAUUACUAGAAUCCAUAUCCUGUAUAUACACACGUAUACAUACAUAGAGCGACAUCACCAUGGCUUCCUCCUCAUCACCCUCAUCCCCCGUCUUCGACAUCCGCGAGCACACCGUCCAGGCAUCGCACAUACGGGAAUACCCUCGCGCAACCGCAGUCUCGCAAGACGAACCGUUUCUGCUCAACGUAAAGCAAUAUACUCCCCGGCACGGCGACCCUCCGCGCAAAGGCGACAUCACCAUCGUGGGCAGUCAUGCAAAUGGCUUUCCAAAGGAACUCUAUGAGCCUCUCUAUGAGGAAUUCUUGAAAGAACUGGAAAAGCAGGGCCUUCGGUUGCGUGCCAUCUGGAUCACUGACGCCGCUCACCAGGGCCAAAGCGGCAUUCUCAAUGCGGCCAACCUGGGCAAUGACCCCAACUGGCUCGACUACGCCCGCGACAUCCUCCACGUCAUCAACACCUUCCGCAUGCCCCGGCCCAUCAUCGCCAUGGGCCACUCCUUUGGCGCAAACGCCCUCACAAACGUCGCCCUCAUGCACCCGCGCCUCUUCACCGGCAUCGUCAUGCUCGACCCCGUCAUCGCCCGCUUCACCGCCCCCAAGAAGCUCCCCAGCUCGCCCGAGACGUACAGCCGGCCGGCCUCCCUCAGCGCCACCCGCCGCGAAGUCUGGCCGUCCCGCGCCGCUGCCGCAGCGGCAUUCCGCUCUAAACCGUUCUAUCAGGCCUGGGAUCCUCGUGUGCUUGAUCUCUUUAUCCGGUACGGCCUACGUGAGGUCUCGGCUCCGUCUACUUCUUCUCAGCAAGACGAAUCCCAGACCCCUGUUCGCCUUACCACAACCAAGCACCAGGAGGUCUUCACUUUUAUUCGUCCCCUUUGGCCUGCCAUUGACCCCGUCAGCAAACUCAUCACUCACCCUUCCCGCAAGGCCCCCGACCACGACUUCGACCCAGACACUCCCCCCAUCUUCCCCUUCUACCGCUCCGAGGGCAACAACACCGCAGCCCGCCUCCCCCACCUCCGCCCCCCAGUCCUCUACAUCUUCGGCGCCACAAGCGACGUCUCCCUCCCCCAUCUCAUCCGCGAAAAGCUCGAAAAGACAGGCACCGGCGUCGGAGGCAGCGGAGGCGCCAAAGCCGGCCGCGUAAAAGAAGUCACGCACCCCAAAAGCGGCCACCUCGUGCCCCUAGAGGAGCCCGUCUUCUGCGCAAAGGCUGCCGCCGAGUGGGCCAAGAUAGAAAUGGACAAGUGGUGGGAGGAAGAGAAAGAGUAUGAGGAGUGGGCGAAGAAGCCAUUGGAGAAGAAAUCGACGUUGGACGAUGAGUUUAUGAAGCGCCUUGUGCCGAAUCGUAAGACGAAAGCGAACUUGUAGAGUAGACAGGUCUUUUCUGGGCUUCUUUCUUUUGUUGAUUUGGUAGCAUAUAUUUGUUUGGAUAGAGGCUCUUCUUUUUCUUCUCUUUUUGCAUUGUACAAACUCGAUGCAGUAAAUAGCCCAAAUCUGGCAUUGAGAGUACAUAUCCAUUGGCAAUCAGGAUUUGCUGUCCUAUUUGAUGAUAACACGCCGGCAAUCCGAUUCAUACAUAAUGACCAUCAAU